CGGCGCUGGAGGCCCUGGCGGCGGCGGCCCAUGGGGCCCACGGCGCUGCCCGCCUGGCUGCAGCCCAGGUAUAGGAAGAAUGCCUAUCUUUUCAUCUAUUACUUAAUCCAGUUCUGUGGCCACUCAUGGAUAUUUACAAAUAUGAUAGUCAGAUUCUUUUCAUUUGGAAAAGAUUCAAUGGUUGACACUUUUUAUGCCAUUGGACUUGUGAUGCGACUUUGCCAGUCGAUUUCUCUCCUGGAGUUGCUGCACAUAUAUGUUGGCAUUGAAUCAAACCAUCUUCUCCCAAGGUUUUUGCAGCUCACAGAGAGAAUAAUCAUCCUUUUUGUGGUGAUCACCAGUCAAGAGGAAGUCCAAGAGAAAUAUGUGGUGUGUGUUUUAUUCAUCUUUUGGAAUCUAUUGGAUCUGGUUAGGUACACUUAUAGCAUGUUAUUAGUCACAGGAAUAUCCUAUGCUGUCUUGACAUGGCUCAGUCAAACACUAUGGAUGCUGAUUUAUCCUCUCUGUGUUCUAGCUGAAGCAUUUGCCAUCUAUCAGUCGCUGCCCUAUUUUGAAUCAUUUGGCACUUACUCCACCAAGCUACCCUUUGACUUAUCCAUCUAUUUCCCAUAUGUGCUGAAAAUAUAUCUCAUGAUGCUCUUUAUAGGUAUGUAUUUUACGUACAGUCAUCUUUACUCAGAAAGAAGAGAUGUCCUCAGAGUCUUUCCCAUUAAAAAGAAGAAAAUGUAAAGCACAGCAUUCUGAUGUGGCAUGCAAAAAGGCGGGUGGAUUCAGCUGCAAUAAAUACAAAACAGGAA